UUAGGCCCCCGGUAGCGAGAGUAGCUAGCGUCUCAUAGUUGCCCUCUCUUGCUGGACUGUCGCGCACGCUGCAUGCACGUUGUUCCCGCAUUGACUGCACCAAGUUCUCGCGAUUUUAAGCUUAUCCGCACAGGCUAUGCAAACGUCCGGGCAGCACUGCGCUGUGUACGGUUGUUCGAACAACCAAAAGAAGCGCAAUGCAGCAAGAAAAGUACAGUGCAGCACGCACAAUGUUCUGCAAGAGGACUGCGGCUGCAACAUGUACCUGUUGCAUCGGUUUCCUGCCGACGCGGUACUGAAGCAUCGCUGGAUUAGCGCUGUAAAUCGUAAGGGAUUCGUCCCUACGGAGUCGUCGCGCGUCUGCUCGGUUCAUUUUGUCGACGGGAAGCGGACAUCUGAGAAUCCAGAGCCAAUGCUUCAGCUCGGAUACGCGAGGAAGGUCUUGAAGGGGCGGCGGCGCAUCACGAAACAAGACGUCCAAGUGCCGAAGAAGAGAGCAAAAGAAAACCUUGUGCCACAGGCGGCCCCGUCUCCCAGUCCUCCUCUGACGAAUGUACAACAAAGCAAUGACAGUUGCAGUGCUGGCUUGCAACUGCUUUGCUCUGCUGCUUUAUCCGAGGUACAACACAGCAAUGACAGUUGCAAUGCUGGCUUGCAACUGCUUUGCUCUGCUGCUUUAUCCGAGGUUACACAGACAAAGGGCAGUUCUGUUGCCUGUGUACCACAGACAAAGGCGUGCUUCGAGGCAGCCAGAAUGGUACAAACACCUAGUACCAGCAUUAGUGCUGAAGCAGGAUUGCCACCAACACACCAUGACAAGACAACACAGACCAUGGCUGCUGCUGACUCCAAUAUCACCGCAAGACCUCAAGUACAGUGUACAAGCAGUGUUCAAAAACACAAGUCAACACAGUGGGAGAAUGUGAACUAUGAGGACCACUGUUAUGCGCAACUUCCCAAGAUUGCGCUACACAAAACUUCAUUUGUGGAGAAGCUUUCUGCUGAUGACAUUUUGUUUUAUACGGGCAUCUCGCAAACAGCUUUCAACAACCUUGUGAAAGCAGUGUCGACAUUGGCCAAAAAGGCAAGCAUAUUGUCACGUGCUGACCAGCUAAUGAUGUGCCUUAUGAGGCUUCGUCUUGGUCUUCUGUACGGACAUUUAGGGAGAAUUUUCCAGAUGUCAGUUUCUGCUGUGGGGAACAACAUUCGCUACAUGUUUCAAGUGCUGUGCAAAGUAAUGAAGUGGGUUGUCAAUUGGUUGCCAAGAGAAGACAUCAAGGACAGCAUGCCAGCGUCCUUCACGGAGAGUGGAUAUGGUUCCACAACGUGCAUUCUUGAUUGCACUGAAGUUAUGUUGCAGCGCCCAAAGAAGCUAAUGGCCAGGGCACAGACGUUUAGUAGCUAUAAAGCACACAACACUAUAAAGUUCCUCGUGGCUAUUGCCCCUAACGGGCACAUCAUGUUCGUAUCUAAGGCAUAUGGUGGACGUGCUUCGGACAAGCUCAUCACAAGGGAGAGUGGCAUUGGAGAUUACUUCAUGAGAGGUGAUGAAGUAAUGGCGGACCGAGGUUUCUCCCUUGACGACGAGCUACUUGUGCAAGGUGUCCGGCUAAACACGCCAGCCUUCACGAAAGGAAAAAAGCAGUUGACUGAAAAGGAGGUCACCACCACAAGGCGCAUUGCAUCUGUCCGCAUUCAUGUGGAACGUGCAAUUAACCGGAUCAAGACCUACAGAAUCUUCAAACAGGCACUCCCAAUCAAAUCAAAACAAACAAUUAGCGAUAUGGUUUUUAUUUGUGCAGGGUUAUGCAACCUUAAACCUGCUCUCAUUCAACAGGGUGUCAGUAACCAGAAAACAUAA